CCGCUGCUGCUGCUGCUGCUGCUGUUGGCUCUUGUGCAUCUUCAGGAGGACUUGUCAGCCGUCUCUUUUAGAUUGUUUUGCUCUUUUCGGGACUAACACCAUGGGGAGAUUAGAUGCAUUUCGGCAGUUUAAUUUGAUCAAAUGGCUGAGAGAGGAGAGACAGUCGAGGAAGCUGAUUCUCUUCAUUGUUUUCGUCGCUCUGCUGCUGGACAACAUGCUGUUAACUGUAGUCGUUCCCAUCAUUCCCAGCUAUCUGUAUAACCUGGAUGAGUCAGCAGACGUGGUGAAGAACAACACCUUGUUGCAGCCUCCAGGAGCCUUCCACAGCAUUGUGUCUUUAUACGACAACACCGUGAGGUCUGCGGGCUCCAAUACCACAGCCAGGUCUAAUGACCUGGUCCCUACAAGCCCCGCUGCUGCAGAGCUGUCGCAGAACUCCUCAGACUGCCCCAGAUCCACCAGCAAGCUGCUCAAUGAGAAUGUCAAAGUGGGAUUGCUGUUUGCCUCCAAGGCCACUGUACAGCUGAUUACCAACCCCUUCAUAGGCCCACUCACAAACAGAAUAGGAUACCAACUUCCCAUAUUCGCUGGCUUCUGUAUCAUGUUCAUCUCUACUAUCAUGUUCGCCUUCUCAUCAAGCUACGCUCUGCUGUUUCUGGCCAGAUCGCUUCAAGGUGUGGGCUCCUCCUGCUCCUCUGUGGCUGGGAUGGGAAUGCUUGCUAGUGUGUACACAGAUGAUGAGGAGAGAGGUCAUGCCAUUGGGAUUGCCUUGGGAGGUCUGGCAUUGGGAGUGCUAGUUGGACCCCCUUUUGGCAGUGUGAUGUAUGAGUUUGUUGGGAAGACAGCUCCUUUCCUUAUUCUGGCUUUCCUGGCAAUGUUUGAUGGAGCUCUGCAGCUCUUUGUUCUUCAGCCCACCAAGGUGGAACCAGAGAGUCAGAAGGGAACCCCGCUGUUGACACUAAUGAAGGAUCCAUACAUUUUAAUCGCAGCUGGUGCCAUUUGUUUUGGAAAUAUGGCCAUUGCCAUGAUGGAGCCAACGCUGCCAAUCUGGAUGAUGGAGACCAUGUGUGCUAGGAAAUGGCAGCUAGGCGUCGCUUUCUUACCAGCGUCCAUCUCCUACCUUAUUGGAACCAACAUCUUCGGCACAUUGGCGCACAAGAUGGGGAGAUGGCUUUGUGCUCUCAUUGGAAUUAUGGUGGUUGGAAUCAGUGUAAUAUGUGUUCCAUUUGCCACCAACAUUUAUGGUCUGAUUCUUCCAAACUUUGGUGUUGGUUUUGCUAUUGGCAUGGUGGACUCCUCUAUGAUGCCUAUAAUGGGUUACCUGGUGGACCUGCGGCAUGUGUCUGUUUAUGGCAGUGUGUAUGCCAUUGCUGAUGUGGCUUUCUGCAUGGGAUUUGCUUUAGGUCCAUCUAUUGGAGGAUCCAUAGCUGAAAGUAUUGGCUUCCCCUGGCUGAUGACCAUAAUUGGAGUAGUGGAUAUUUUCUUUGCUCCUCUUUGCCUCUUCCUCAGGAAUCCACCAGGACAAGAAGAGAAAAUUGCCAUUUUGAUGGACACCAACUGUUCAAUGAAGACGAGGUCCUACUCCACACAGGGGACGUACUGCCAGGGUGAAGACGUGGAUCCAGAAUAUGACGAUUAUGAUUAACAAGACACCAGCCAUGCAGGUUAACCUUCAGAGGAUCUAUUUUGUUGUACAAAAAAAAGGAACACAAAAAAAAACAGCAACAAAACAGCCAAGAUAUAUCCAUGUGAAUGUCCCGCGUUCAGUCUUCACUGUUCAGUGUCCUCUCAGCAGUUGUACUGGAGCAAACCAAAGUUGUUCUUGAUCUGUGGUUGCAAGCGCAUUGUGUGAGAGAUAUUUUUUUAGCCAACAGCCUUAUAAAGUAGAGAGUUGUGUCAAAAGGCAGUAGGAGGGUGCUGAGCAACAAGUACGCUUUGCUGGUUUAUUUGAAAUACAAAUCUGUCUUAAUUAAUGUGUCAGCCAUUAAAUGUCUCAUUUCUAUCUACUGUAUGUCUAUGAUACUGAGUAAUACCAGAUGUUGGUGUGCAAGUUGGUAUUAUAUUGGGUAAUAGUGUGGUAUGUUAAGAAACUGUUGUUUUGUUUAAUUAUGGAGGAUUUGUUGGCCCAAGCUAUGGUCCUGGUUUGCAUUGAUACUGUUACAGAAGGCUUUGCCAGUGUGGGAAAGUCAACACAUUUGAGCUGCCUCAGAAAAGGAUGUGGAAUGUAUUCUAAAACACAAUAUAGAUACAUAAAAUCCUCCUAAUAUAAACAGAACCUACAUGUUUUUUGGCAACUUCAGAGAGAAAGAUCGUUUAUAGUUGCUGUACUGUUUUUUAUUUAAUAAAUCAUUAAUACUGUCAUUUCUCAAAAUAGUGGCCUUUAUUUACCUCAGUGGCAAGGAGAACCAGGCUGAUAACAGGCUUAUGGAAAAGACACGCUUCAUUCCCAAAAUUCCUCUGCUCCCCAAUUAAUGCAAAUUCAAAAUGUCCUUUAACUUGUUGUCUUGAUUUAUUCAUCAUAUCAUGACAACAGGUACAUAAUUCCAUCGUUACAUACUCCUCACUCUGCUGCACAGAGUUAGUGCUAAUAAUACAGAAAGAAUACAGACACACUUCCUGCAGAACUUUUACAUUAAAAGCGUUCCCUUUGUUGUUAGGCUUUUAAUGUGAACGAUGUGAUUCAAUGACAAUAGCUCAACAGUGAUGUUAAAAAAGUGGAAAGACUGGAAUUACUUGGUGAAUGAAAACUAUUUAAAAAUGAAACCACUAGAGCAGCACAGUGGUAAGUGUGCAGUACCUACUUGUUGAACCGAUGGAACAUUAUAAUGGAUUUAUAAUUUUGUAGAAGCUGACAGGUAAUUCACUACCUCCUAUAAUCCUUUUUGUUUUCACCUCGUCUUUGUUAGUGACCAGCUUUUAUUUAUUCACACUGGUCACACGCACGUGUAUUACUUGGCACUAGGCCAUUAUUUGAAAAUCAGCUUUGAGAAUUUACAGGUAUGUGCCUCUAUAUCAUAAAAAACAAGGAUACUGCUGUUGAGAAAUUGAUAUAGAAACCCUAUGCCUUGUCCCAUGUAGCAUCAAAACGUUACCAAUCAUCUGGAAGAAACAAGUUUCACACAAUAUUUAUCCCUUUAUAAGUUAGUGUUACACCGUGAACUCAGAGUUGUUACACCUAAUACAGUUUGAAAGAAUUUAAAUACACUAUAAGCGUCCAUACAAUCUUUCUGUCUGUAAACCGUAUCACGGGGUUAUAUAAAGGUAGACUCUCCAGCUCUCCAUUUCCUCUAAAGUCAGCAGGAUGGUUUGCUGAUGAAGCAAAUUUGUGUGUCGAAGUUCACCAAAACUGAACUUGAAGCAAUAGAUUCCCAUUGAUGUAAUUUGUCUCUGUGAAAGGAUCCAGUAAAUACAGUGAUCCCAUUAAAUUAACAGAUUUUGCUUCUAGGGUCCUAAUAGGCAGAAACUGCUGUUACACUGCUGUCUGUGGAUUCAAAAUCUUGGGCACUUUAAUCAGUGAUGAGAAAGCUGUUUACAUCAGACCAUUUUCAUUUUGACAUGUCAGAAAAAAGCAGAGCCAGGUGGAGCAGCAGCUUCUAUCCACUUACUGUGGAAAACUUUAAAUCGCUCACGUGAAGCAUAACAACCAGUAUUAAGAGAUGGGCAGGUUGCGUGCAGGGUAAAGUUCAAAUAUAUGAACUGUGACUUGAGGGAUGCAAAAUCUGUGUAAUUUGUAUUGUAAGUGUAAUUUUCAGUUAUUUUACAAAACUGGACACAGCUUCCAUGAUGAUUUGUAUUACCAGCCAAAAUAGCAACAACAGUGGAGGCAGCGGCCCCCUGCAUUUGGAUUGACAGCUUCAUAGAUCUACCGACCAGCGGCUGAGUGGGGGAGGGGGACCAUGCCACUUCCUGUGUAUUUCUGCCCUGAGCCAUCAUUAUGUUAUUACUUACACCUGUGUUUCCUUUGCUAUGACAAGUCAAAAUGUCGGAUGUGUAAAGGUCUGUUCUUACUUGUGACAAGUGGUUUGUAGUGUGUUUUUGAUGGUAUUCAUUUGUCAGUAUAUACUGUAUACAAUAUACUGUAUAUAUAGGCCUACAGGCCAUUCACACUGGGUUUCACUGAUAUGCAUUGGAUUUGUUUGACAUUUUUGGAAAUACACUUAUUCACCAUGUAAGCAGUUUCCUUUACUUAAUUACCAAUACCCACCUUAACAAGGUGGUUGCAUCUUGGUUCUCAGAGGUUAAACUUUUUCAAGGCCAAAGGUGUUGAUUGUAUUUCCUUUUCUACAGUGCAUGUGGGGAAGUGAAUUCUUUCCCAACAGAGAAAAUAACAGGUGAUUAGAGAGAAAAGUGUACUUUUCACCAAUCAUAAGAUAUAACCAGUGGUUAGAUGACGCUUUUGGUGUGCUGUGGCGCUGAAAUGUUGGGGGAGCUGUAAUGUUUUUUUGUUUGUUAACAAAUAUUUUCUUGUUUCUUUAUUAAAAUAUGUAAGGUCCAAAUUCUAAAGUCCUGCUAUAAUUUAUCUUUGAAUAUUCACAGUAAACCUGAGGAACACGUUUCACUUUUCAGAAAGGUGGAAAAAAGAAAUGAGAGACUGCAGUGACUUACAGAGGCUAACCCAGACGGGACUUUGGCUCUCUGAAUUACUUGUCAGUACAAACUAAUAUUGUAGCAUACAUUUCUUCUUGUUUCUUUUAAGAUGAUCAUCAUUAUAUUAUUAAGAUGCUAACUAUUCAGCUACCAAAGUGCUCCAGUUGCAUCAACUUCUUGAAGGCUAACUGCAAAAACAGUGCUUUAUCAACAUGAACAAACAGUGUAUCAUCACUAUCCCACUGAAAGCUAAGUGUGUGGAUAGGUAGGUAGGUAGAGUUUGUGUAGCAGAUGUUACAGGAUCAAUAUGACUCAUGACAGCAAUGCCCUUUAAAACAAAAUGUGUUUAUUCUCGCUCUAUUUCUCCCUACCAAACUCUGAUGGAUUACUGGAAUGAUAUUAUUUCUGCCUCUGGUGCAGCUACUGUGUGGAAAAUUACACCACAAACUGAUUUGUUCUUUCUUAUUUUAAUUAACUUUUUUUCAAAGACUCCUGUAAUGUCCAUUCUGUUUAUAAUAUACUGUAAUGUUCUGAAUGUUGUGCGACAUUUAAUGUUUUUUAAAUUCCUCAUAGACUUGCUGAUGUACUGUGAAAAACUGUACUGGAUUAAAAAGUAAAGUGGUAAAAUAAUA